AUGGCCCCCAAAAGCGGGCAACGCAUCCCGUUCUUCCCCAAGGCAGAUGCUGCGAUUUUGACGUCGAAGCGUGCGCCCCCGCCGACUCGUCCGGAGACCGUGGGACCCAUCUUCGAUCGGGAAAAUGCCGAUCGGCCGAUCGAAUCAUGGCCCUCAGACGUCGAAACGAACUUUUAUCCCAGGACAAAGCCUUAUGCGCCCGCAACCGUCCCCGAAAGGCCACCUGGGAUCGCCGGUCGAUACCUGCGUGCCUUCCUACCCGAAAAUGAACGACUGAGGUUGUCCAUGCUGUGGUACUAUACACAAGACAUCCUUAAGGAGGAUGAGUUUCUCUCCGGCCUUCAGGAGAAAGCGCAUCUUGCCCAGGAAUCCACGGGAUGGGAGUUCUCCGUCAUCGGCAUUCUUGAUGUUAAUGUUUAUAUCCGCUUGGCUACAGUGGGGCUUGAGCUAGGCAUUCUUCCGCGUGGGGAAACGAUUUGCGCCCACACGGUUACUCAACCCCCUGGUAGCGUGUUUCUCCUACCCAAAAUGAUGGAGGAUUGGAGAUUCCAAGAGUCGCCAUACCACGAGCUCGGCGGCCUUCGCGCCUACGCUGGCGCACCACUUCGUUUGCAGAACGAGAAUGGAGAAUGUGUGGGCCUUGGAUCCCUCUGUGUAGCCUCAGGUAAAAGUGAAGAGCCUUUGACAGCAUCGCAGCAACAGUCCUUGAUUCGCCUAGCCGACUGGGUCGUCUCAGAUCUCGUUCAAUGUACAAGAGCAAGACGCCAGAGGGCGCGACGUCAAAUGUCCGAACUCCUCGUCAUGGCACAGAAGGAAACAGUAGUCUCUGAUGCGCCCGUCCUCGAAAUAUUGAAAACUGUGUACGCCGAUGCUGUAAUCAGACUACAACCUUCCAAUUCAAGCCAAGUCGAGGUUGAAGGACGCGAUCCGAUACCAAUCUCGGAGAUUGAAGAAGGCUUAUGGGAAGAUAACGACUACUUUGACGACUUCAUUGCAAAUUCGAACCAUCUUGAUCCUCCAUCCAAUAGGGUGGUACGUAUUAUCUCCGCUCCAUGCGAAUGCAUAUCGGGAUCAUCAUUACUCGUCGUGGCAUCCAAGGACAUCCAUCUUGUGUUUGAUGAUGUGGACGCAUGGUUUGUUCAAGCAUGUGCAGGCGUAAUUUCCCAGAUGUGGCGCAAAAGUCUUCUGAUAGAAGCAAUACAUGCGAAAGAGAGAUUCCUACAGGGGAUUUCUCAUCAACUCCGGACGCCGAUUCAUGGCAUCCUUGGCUCUGUGGAACUUCUAGCCGAGGAGCUGCAGUCGCGGAACGUCAACGAGUCCGCCUUCCCGCUAUCGGCAUUGACGAAGGGAGAUCCGUCGAUCAACUUACGUGAACCCUCGACGUACCUCAACAUAAUCAAGACGGCGGGUCGUGAUUUGACUUCGAUCGUCAACAAUCUGAUUACUCUGAACAGAUGGGCCGACAUUGCCUUGACAGAGCGGGAGUAUGACCUGCAUACUGUUGAUGAGCUCGAGGCCGAGAUUCAAAACGAAAUACUUAAGCUCACCUCAGGUGACACACGCUACAAGACCUCGAUUUCUUUUACUCGCCACUUGCCGCCAGGUUUUGAGAGUUUCCGAAGUGAUCUCGGCGUGCUUCGGGACAGCAUCGCUCCAUUGAUCAUCAACUCGAUCCAGAACACCUUGGAAGGUAUUGCGACAAUAGCCAUUUCCAUACGUCCAGACUGCAAGCAACUUGUUGUCGACGUCAAGGAUAAUGGUCAAGGCAUCCACCCCGAUAAUCAGCAACGCAUAUUUGAACCAUACGAAAAGGUCAAUUUACACACGGCAGGUGCUGGAUUAGGCCUCACUCUAGCAUCAAAAUUCGCAACACUCCUUCACGGAUCUGUCGAACUAAUCUCAUCGGAUGUUGGUCGCGGCUCACACUUUCGAGCUACAUUUCGUGAGUUCCAGUUUCUUUGCUCAUCUCUCUCUCAGCCACUGGUCUCAAAAUUCAAUAAUUUACCCUCAAAGUUCUUUAAUAUGUCGGCUGGCUCUAGUGGCGUAUUGUUGAGUAAUGACUUUACGGACUUUCUUACUCGCAAUUCUUUCACUUCCUCGGACACUAUGGAAGACUGCCUUGUUAUUCUUGAUGCUGUACCCGACUCAAAAACGCACUCCCUGCAUUUGUCCCAAAUCCCAUUGGGACAAGUUGCCAUCUGCCUUGUUCCUGAUUCAGAAGGAAAGGCAUCCUCUGAAGACUGCGCAAAUAAUAUCGUCUAUGUCUGCGAGCCUCUUUCGACCUCGAACAUGUGCUUGGCGCUGGAAAGAGCACAAAACAUUGUUGUGGGGGCCAAAAUUACACACCCGGGCUUGCUAAAUCCUGAUCAACCUUAUCACACGGCUCCGGAGCACUACCAUGACCUUAGUACAGACGAGGAGGGCACGUCUAAUCCAUCUACAUCCACCUCAAUCAAUCCCGACUCGGAGGAGACUACAUCAAAGUCCCAACCUGAUGCAGCAAAUCAUCUGGACCUGACGUUAUCCAAACUGUUAUCCCUCGAUCUCACAAGUUCCCCUAGGCCCACUACUCUAAUAGUCGACGAUAAUGCUAUCAAUCUCCGCAUUGUAGAGAUGUAUUGCAACAAAAGAGGAUUGCUAUCGUAUUCCGCGACCAACGGCUGCGAAGCUGUCGACAUCUUUUCCCGGUGUCAAUCAUUGGCUGCCGCUGGCAACGGUGCUCCGAUUGGUCUAGUCUUCAUGGACUUGCAAAUGCCAAUUUGCGAUGGUAUCGAAGCAACCAAGCAAAUACGACUUUUGGAGCGGCAAAACCAAUGGGGAAAGAUUGCGUUAUUCAUUAUGACUGGCCAGGAUAGUCCAUCAGAUAGAGCUGCUGCGGAGGAUGCUGGCGCCGAUGAAUACCUUGUGAAGCCUGUUGUUAUCAAGCAACUGGACCGUUUUGUGAAACAAUAUUUUCCAGCAUUUGAGGCCUCUUAG